UAGAUUUUCAUUGAGUAGGUAAGUGAUGGAUGAUUCCACUUCCCCCUUGAGUUUUCUGCACGCCCAUAUUAAACGGCAGAUUUCAGAAUUUUCAUUGACAGCCUCACCUUUACUUCUGCAAAAAAAAUAUUCCCAUUCUUAAAAAGAAAAAAGAAAGUUUGAAAUCACAAAUUUUAAUUACCCUUUUCAGCACUCAAUCUCAAAGAAGAAAUUAUUUUCACAAUCCUUCCUUCCACUCCAGGUUUUGGGUUUCUUUAUCAAAAUCUUCCAAAUAAAAAGGGAAAUUUUUUUUUUUAAGAUUGACGCCAUUGCUUUUAUGAUUUCAGCUUUUCCACUCUUCAAACUGAUCAAGAUUUUGAUUCGUUUGUUCAACAAAGCAUCUUUCUUGUUACUAUUAAUCUUGUUCCAAACAUUCUCCUUUGUUUCCACUUGUUCACAAUUCACCUCAAAAACAUCAAAUCUUUGUAAUAAAAACAGAAAACCCAAAUCCCAAAUACCCUCAGAAAACAUCAUGAGAAUCCACCCAAUGCCCAGGAAAAGAAACAUCACUAUCCAAUAUGAGAUGAACCCAAGAACCACAAGGUCCCAAGCUGAGACCUUGUUGACUGGUGGCUCACACAAGAAACUCCGGAGGCUGCCCCACAUCUUCAGCCGCGUCCUGGAACUGCCUUUCAGGUCGGAUGCUGACGUGGCGGUGGAGGAAAGCCCCGACUGUUUCAAGUUCGUUGCCGAAACGGAUGGGAGAAUCGGCGACGUUGUCAGGGCUCAUAUGGUGGAAAUCCAUCCUGGGGUUACUAAGAUUGUGAUAAGGUCGAAUAGUUUGGUGGAUUUUAGUUCGUUGGAUGAUUUGGAGCUUGACAUGUGGCGGUUUAGGCUUCCGGAGACGACGCGGCCGGAGCUGGCGAGUGCGGUUUACGAGGAUGGGGAGCUAAUUGUGACGGUGCCGAAGGGAGGUGAAAUGGAGAAUUUGGAGGAAGGAGGUGGUGAAGGUGAAGGGAAUAGGGAGUUUAGAGGAGGUAUGGGAAAUGGUAAUAAUAAUAAUAAUAGGCUUGUUCUUGUACAGUAAUAACAAUCGAACCGUUUCCUUUGUUUAAAUUGCAUGUUAUUUUCAUCUUAGUCUUUGAAGGUCGUUGCUGAAGCUUAGCCUUCCUUUUGUUUUUUUUUUUUUGGUAUGGUUACCUUUUAUUACUUAAUCAAAUCAAGAAUUGUUCUUCUAUUGCAUGAUGGGCAUUAUGACAGGUUUGGUUUGAUAGUGUUUUCUUGGCAUGAUUUUGAUGCGUUUAUUGGGGAAUUUAGAUGAUUUCUUUGGCAUGAUCUUGAUGUGUUUUGUUGGAGGAUUUACCUGGGUUAAUACCUUUGAGUAGAAUAGUUGUUUUAUGUGCAUGUUUUUUGUAUAUUAAUGUUACUUAUGGUGCAUUUCGAUUUUUGAAGGAAGAAAAGGAUUAGGAAUUUUGAUAUGUUCAUAGGAAUGUACAUGCUCAGCAUAAGUUCUUGACUAUGAGACAAAUGAUCAUAAACAUGUUUGUGGAUGUUUUUUGUUCCUAUGCUGCUUUUCCAUAGAAGUGAGAAUCGACAUAAACUGGUCUAAAUAUGUGCUUGAUUCAAAUUGGGUUCUUUUCAUUUCUUAUCCCAUAAUUAGGCAGAUGGUUUUCCCAUAGAAGUGAGAAUCGAUAUAAACUGGUCUAAAUUUUACUAUCGUUUUGUUUUUCACAUUUCCUGUUAACUAAUCAAGAAUCAAGAUGUUACAUGCUUGUCGACAUUACAAGGUUGUGAUUGUGAUUGACUAAAUGAUUACUUUCCGGUCUUGGUCCUAGAGAUUCAUGGUAUUUUAAAAACGUGUCUGCAUUUUCUGGUAUGCAUCCUGGGUUGAAAUUCAACCAUAAACAAUGUAAAGCAAAAGCAUUUUUUGUGUGCUGAUGUUGAGAAUUGGUUCCCUUCUUACUUUGUGGUUAAGAAUCUAUUCUUUUGGUCCACUUGGUCGAUUUGGGUAAGGCCAUCAAUUCUUGCACUUAAGGGUUUCAUAUUUUGCCAUGUGAUUUUGGUGAUUUAAAUAUUUCUUCUAGCAUAUCAAGCUCUUGCAAAGUAAUGGUAAACUACAUUAUCUUUUGAGGUCUUUUAUUGAUUCAUUCUCUUCAUACUAUGAACUCAGUUUCUCUCCCAGUGUUCCAUAUCUGUGAUUGUCAUUGGUUGCUGAACAUGCGUUCUCAAUUUCUCAUCCUAAUUUACUGCAAGACUUUCCAAAAACAUUUAUUAUCAUACAUCCCAUUUUCCCAAAUUGACAUAAACGUUGCCUUCUAACCUCCCACAAAAGGUCGAUUUCCGCUAUUCUUAAUAUCUUUUAGAUUGGCCAUGCUGGUUGUCUUACUGUUCAGGCACCCAUCCUUUAGGGUUGGAAACAGCUCCCCAAGCCCUUGAGAGGAGCUGGGAAUGAGAUUUGACCAGGGACCAGGGUAAUGGUUUGCUUACCUUUGACUGCAAAUGCUUUUCCUAGAAAUUGAAACUCCUUUUAUUAGCCGUGGGAGGGAUUCAUUUCCUAUAUCAAUUUUCUUGGUAGGGAUGCUCUUUGGGGUUGCAAUUGUGGAGUGACUAAAGUCACCAUUCUUAGCUGAAUCGAUACAUAAGAACGUCUCAUUGCACCCUCUAACACUACCCCUAAUUAUAUCUGUGUAAUGAAUCAGUUAUCAAAGAAAUCAUAUGAUUUCCAUAUAAAGUUUUCAACACAAUUUAAUUCCUAACUAAAAAUUAUGCGACUGUCACACGAAAAGAAAAUAAAAAAGGUAAUAUGAAAAAGAAAAUCAAUCAAAAUCCAUGUAAUGAGUGGGGGGACAAAAUCAUCUGCUAGUUUGAAUGACUAAUGACAGUGUACAAUUAACUGAAAUGCCGUUUCGUUUGGAAGACCAUGAAAGAUUAGAUUAUUGUGUAAUUAAGGCCAAAUCUUGAGGAUGAGAGAGUA